ACAUCCAAUAUAAAGUCAUAAACAUCAAUUUCUCUCUUUCUCACACCAUUGAUUCCCAAGUUCCUAACACAUCGUGUUCAACCCCCUCUCAUCCUCUUCUUCAAAGACUCUGAUUCUCCAUAACGAGCGAGCCGUAUGGAAACUGUGAGGCAUUACCUUGGACCAAUCUUUCUCAUACUCAUGAUGUUAGCUCAGCUUUUGGAGAGCCAUAAGACAAUAAUAUCAGAAUCUCCUGCUCCUCAACCUUCUGCAGCCAGUUUUUAUAUGUAUGGCUCAAAACCUGGUAGCCUCCAUCCUCAAGAGUGUUUGGGGAAAUGCAAUUACAGAUGCUCGAAUACGCAGUACAAGAAGCCAUGCAUGUUCUUUUGCCAGAAGUGUUGUGCCAAGUGUUUGUGCGUCCCCCCUGGAACUUAUGGAAACAAGCGAUUCUGCCCUUGCUAUAACAAUUGGAAGACAAAGAGGGGAGGUCCCAAGUGUCCUUAAUUCUAUUUGUUCCUCUCCUUAAACUACUCUUAAAUCUUAAUUAACCUCAUCUAUAUCUUCGCAUUGUGCUAGGUUUACCCUAACUAGGUCAAAGAUUGUUUAUUCUUUUGUCUAUUGAGACAUGUGAUCUAGACAUGUGAUCUUUAUGGAUUAAAGUGUACCGUUUGUUUGGGUUAAGUCAUACUUCCUCCGUCCCGUUGGGAUGUUCCCGGUUUGACCUACACACAUAUUAAGGAAAUAAAUUUACCAGAG